AUGAUGAUUUCAAUCGAAGCGACGAAAAAAGGCCGACUUUCGGUCGAGCACGAAAAACGCAAGCAUUGGCUCGUCACGAAGAUACGAAACGUCUCGGGAUGCGACGACGCGAUUGACGCUUUGUGCUCGCGAAUAUCGAAGCGUCUCGGCGCGCAAGCGAGAGCGGUGCGGGAAGGAAAAGGAGAAAAAGUCAUCGAAAUUCAAGGGAAACACGAGGAGACGCGCGUGGAAGAGGUACUCGCGAGAGAGAACGUAAAAAUCGUCGGUUUGCGACGAAAAGUUGAAGUAGUACCAAAGCGAAAAGAGGAAGAGCGAAAAGAACGAGCGAAACCGAGACACGCGAACAAGAAGUACUGGGACACAAAAACCGGGUUAAUCAAAGAUUCGGUCAAGAGAGGUGGAGAAAAGGACAAUGGCGAAGAUCCGGUGAAACCAGAGGACGUGUUGCGGGUGAAACAGUUGAGAGAGACGAAUAAAGAGUUUGCUCGAUUUUGCGAGUUGAUGAGGCGUUAUCCGUUUUGGUCGCAUAGGUACGAUAAGUUGGCGGCGAUGUAUUUCGAGAAGAGGAAUGGGAAGGAAGACGAGGAAGACGAGGAGAGAAUGAGGAAGAGGAGGAGGUGCGAGAUUGCGUUUGAAGAAGAAGAAGAGGAUGUGAGAGAUGAAGAUCGUCGUCAACAGAAUCAUCCGAAAUCGUUGGAAGAUUUGGGGAUGGUCGCGUCAGUCUCGGAUUUUAGGAUGUCGAGAGAGGAGAGAGCGAAAGCGGCAAAGGAGAGGAUGACGGCGGCAAAGAGUGCUGUUGGUCCACAAGAUGCGACGAGAGAAAGCAAGCAGCGCGUGGAAGAAUACGAAGAUAUUGCGACGAAAAUGCUGCGCAUGCGCGGCUUCGCGCCGGCGUCGUCUAAGAAGAAGCCGGCUACUUCUACGACUGCUAUUACAACGACCACGACGAGACAGAAACCCGCGAUGCCACCAAAGAAGAAGAAGAAGGACGUUAGAGCUGGAAUUCCGAUCGGUACGAGUGUAGGAUUCGGAAGGAAAGCGUGGUCGCAGAAACAAUUCGAUGAGGAAGAUUUGAGGAUGUCGACUACAGACGAGGAAGAAGAAGAAGAAGAAGAAGAAAACUUCCAACGAGUAGCGUCGAGACCACUGGUCGGUGGACGCUUCCUCGACAACAAACGAAAAGACGAGAGCACGUUUCCAUCGUUACCUUUGUCUCGCGCUGCUCCUCCCACGAGAGCACCAGAACACCGAUUGCCGCACGAAGAGUUUCAGCAAACGACAAUGUCCGAGGAAGAGGCUUUAAAAUUAGCGCUUUCGCUCAGCGCGGACGAACACGCUCGCGAACGAAUAAAACUCGACGAAGAGCUCGAACGAGAACUCGAAGUCGCUCGCGCCGUUUCUCUGAGCUCACGAGAAGAAGAAGAAGAGGCACGAAAGCAAAGCUCUCUCUCCGACGACAUCGCCCAAACCUUGCGCCAACUCGGUUUCGACCGAGACGUUUCCGAAACGCUCGCCAACGACGUCUUACCGGCGAUGCCGACGCGCCAAGACGUCAUCGACCUCCUCGGUACUUUAGGCAUAGAGAAACACGUCGCCGCAGAUUUCGCCAACUUUGUCGUUCUAAACAAUACUCACGAGGAGGACGAGAAAGAUUUCGCUUCACCCUCCCGCAUCAUCAACGACGACGACGAAGACACCGCGGAAACGACAACGUUCUUCAACCUCUCCUUGCGAGAACUCACCGGCGCGGACUCCAAUCGAGAUCUCAUCGAAUACGUGCAAACAAUGGAACACCGAGAAGAUGCCGGCGAAUUCCUUCGAGACUCUUUCGGAGGGAACGAGGAAACUGCACGUUUAGGACAGCUGAUUUGGGACGCUCGUAGUCGUCCACGCUGA